UCCGCCUACUUGUCAUCCAUCAAACACUCUUAUCUCAAUCAGAACUUGAAAAGGAGGAAAGGCGAACAAAUACCUUCAGUUGCAGUGAAUGACCGCCGCUGGAACGGAUCAGGGGUCCACAGAGAAAAUGUCCACCGCUCUCGUGUCUGCUUUCUACGAUGUGGGCGAUGUUUUGUAUAAGAACCAAAAGAACAAUAAUAUGCAGUGGAAGCCGGACAGGAAGGCCGUGGGCUCGCCGGUAGGGACUACGGGGUUUCCGAGAAGGCACUCCACGUCCAGUGUGUCUCCAACCCUCCGAGAGCUGGGCAACUCGAAGUACAGCAACACACUGAUUUCCAUUCCCGAUGGUGGGCUACUCCUAACCGGUAACAAUAAGGAAAACCACCAGGGCAACGGUAAGCGGGAUCGGCUUCAGAGUGACGGUGGAGAGGGUAAGAAGAGUAACAUAAACUCCUCCCGAUACAAGACCGAGUUGUGCCGCCCCUUCGAAGAGAACGGACAUUGCAAAUACGGUGACAAGUGUCAGUUUGCUCACGGCGUGCACGAACUCAGGACCCUAGCCCGACACCCUAAGUACAAGACCGAACUGUGCCGUACAUUCCACACUAUCGGAUUCUGUCCAUACGGACCGCGGUGCCAUUUCAUACACAACCCCGAGGAGCGCGCCCAGGCCCAGCAGAGCCAGUCCGGGUCCUCUCAGUCGCCUCGUCAGAACCAGCACAACUCUCACCGCGAUCGCGACCAUCAUCACAACGAGCGGAACAACCAUCACCACAACAGCUCUCGACCUAGGCCGCCCCUGCAGCACUCCGUAAGUUUGCCCGGGCCCCUCUAUAUCCAGGACUCACCCCCAGCCAGCCCGAUCUCGCGAUCGCCACCCCCGGGACUCUCAUUUCCCGCCAACGACGACGUGUUCUCGCCCCUGCCACUGAACGCCAACAACGCUUUCACGUACGCGGCCCAGGACAUUCCAAAUCCGAUGCUGUCUCCCGUGCAGCGCUCCACACCUCCUUUCGGAGGCCCCCCUUCCCCCGAUGUCUUCAGCAUGCAGAGCAACGGAAGCCUGUACAGUGCGCCGCCGUCUCCACCCGACUCGCUGGCCGGGGAUCGUGACCUGUCCCCCAUCGGCGAGACGUUCGACAACCCACCCGCACCCAUCGGCACGACCGGCGCGGCCAAUCGGGCUGGAUCCGAGUACCGCCUGCCCUGCUUCUCCCGCCUGUCCGAGUCCGACCCUUGAAAAGACUGCCGCGAUUCGUGCAGGUCAUUGUACAAACUUUUUGCACAAACUUUCCAUAUAGACUAGUUAAAUCAUAUUGGGUUGGUUAUGUUAUGUUAGAACAUUGGACGCUGUUGAUUCAUGUUCAUUUGUGAUUGUUACCGCUCAUUUGUAUAAUUUGUGUACUGGAAAGGGCAUAUUUUAUACUGAACUGUUAAUAUACUUUCCAUCGUGUAUCAAAGUAUUUAUCAGGGGACAACAUGUAUGUUGUUUAUUGUUAUUUGUUUGUUACUUUGCGUCACCAAGUGGCUCAAACUAAAGGCUACAGGCUUCAACUUUUUCGUUGAAAGGUUCUCUUGUUAUCAAACCUUUUGCCAUUGUAAUGCAGAGCAUACAAAUUUUGUACUUUGUGUAUGUUAAGUCCUGUAACCACAGCACGACACAUCAUUGGAACUAUUUAACUUAUGUGACUUAUUUAUUUGAACCUUAUACGUAACGUUAUGCAUUUUGGUAAAUUUAUUAUGCUCGUUAUGUACGAGACGAUGAGAGUGAUAGAUAUUUAUUAUAUUAUGUUUAAUUUAUGAUUGUUUGUGAAUCACAGGAUUGGAGUGUGUGUACUAUGUGUAUGGUAAUAUGUGUAAUGUUGUGGUUCCUCUUUUGCAACUUUUGUACUGAUUGAAAAAUCGAACGCCGAGGUUGUAGCUUGCAUUUUCCACUCGAAAGCUUAUCAUAGUAAUCAGAAGACUGUAGAUCAGUGCAAGAAAAAAAUUGCAAGUUUCAGAGUUGUGCCAAAACCUGGAGAUCACUAAAAGAGUACGGCAGUUCUUGCUGGUUGUAAGUUUGAACUCUGUUCUUGUACUUACGGACAGGUUUGUGGAAUAUGUAGUUACGUGUGGUUUCUAUUCAAUGGGAAUUCAAUCACGGCUUGGCUGUAUGUUACUGGUAAAAGCUAUUAUGAUUCCCUACUCGGAGCCCGCCAUUCAUAGGCAGUAAGCCAUGAAGUGGACAUCUCAGUGCCUCAUUUCUGGCAUAUGCGCAAUACGAAUGUUGUUGACAGGAGAUCUUGUCAAUAAAAAACGUUUGACUUGAA